CAUCCCAGAAAAGCUACAGCCUCCUUUGCGUCGGCUGAAGGCUUGUGCAAAAGAAUCAACAGCGAGUGGCACACUGUACACGUGUACACAUGCCCGACGCGAUUUGGCAGCCCUGGAGACAUCGUAAGCCGCACAUGCAUUACGUCGAGCGCCGCCAGAUUAUAAUGAUUGGAUCGGAGCGAAUGAGAGGGCCCUCACCUCGAUACAACGCGUCGCUCCGAAACAGACCAAACAUCCAUGGCUGUCGAAAAUGUGACACGAUAGAUAGUCCGUUUCCCGAAUCGCCAAGCACUAACCCAGCGUCUGCCCACAAAUCCUACAUAGGCAUACAGCCCUCGUCCCUCAGUAAGCAGCGAGGCUUGCGGUUGAACCGACGCGCAGAGGCAUGGGAAACCCAGAGGAAGUUAAGCGCUCAAUACGCAUGGCAUGCCUCCCGGGGGGGGGGGGACCCCGUCCGAAGGGAUGGGACUGGCGGCCCCCCUGGAGUAGCAAAGGGAAGCUGCCAUGUGAAAUGCUCUCGCUGUGUGCGGCACCAUGGAUGGCGACUUUCUCUUCCAGCACGCCCUCCCUCACUCUCGUGUUUGGUUCCGUUGUUCCGGGUCCGUUCAAGUUCCAUGCGGGCGGCGGAGGUACGGCGGCGGGCAGGCGCGCGCGCAAGAUCCGCAUUAUCUGAUGCGAUACGCGAGGUCAGACACACUCGAUUCGGCGGGAGCCAUGCGCUGGUUGGUGUCCAAUUUGGGAACAUGGCAAAGGACAAUGCAAGAUGGGGUUGGCGACUGUGACGUGUGCCUAUAUUGGUGCCGCGAACCCUAAGGAAGCCCUUCUGGCGGAACGACCGGUGUUGAUGCGACUCGGCGCGCUAUUGAAAUUUGCGUUCAUUUCCCGGGUACGCUUUAUCCUACUGAUUCUAUGUGCGUCCUGCGUAGGUUAGGUCUAGUCGGCACG